GCGCGUGGCCGCUGCCCCGUGGCGCCUGGCUGGACGCGAGCCUCAACGGCACCAUCACGGCGACGGUCUCGGUGCCGCCGGGGACGCUCAUCCUAGCGCAGGUCGUCGACGCCGGCGGCCGCCCACAGGGGACCGAGCUGCUCCAGGUGGAGGUGGCCUAUGCCCCAGGCCCCCUCGGGAGGUUCUUCAAGGCCGCCCACGUCGGUGCCAGCGACGAGUACUUCAGCUGGUACGCGCAGCACCCGAACGUGGAGGGCGGGCGGCCUGGGAACACCGUGUUCCACCUUUGCGCGUGCGGGGCCAGCGGGUGUGCGGCCCCGACACCUCGCGGGACGGUGGUCGAGCACCUCGACAUCUGGCGGGUCAUCGAUCCCGCCGACUUCGAGCAGGAGAAGGCCAAACUCUAUUGCCCUCGGCGGCGCGCCAGCGACCUGGGCGUGCCGCUGCGCCCCCCGCCGCUCGCGCCGCCGCCCGAGGCGGCGCCGCCUGGCGAGGGGCCGCCGGCGGGGGAGCCCGAGGAGCCGCUCGACGACGCGGAGCCGCCGGCGAAGCGCCCCCGCCGCGAGCCAGGGGGCGUCGGGGGGACGGCCACCCCGCGGCUGGGCGGCAGCCUCGCGGACGUCGGCGGCAGCCCGCUGGACGCGGAGCUCGCGGGGCUGGAGGACGUCGCCGCCGACCCUGGCCUGGAGGACAGGCUGGCGCGCCUGGGCAGCCGCGGAGGCCCGCGAGGCAAGCAACAGCGAGACCCCCUGAACGGCGGCCCGGUGCGGGACCGCCUUUCAGCGGCUGUGGCCGCGCGCGCGGCGGAGGCAGGAGCUGCUGCAGCGGGGAAGCCAGCGGCCUCAGGCGCGCGCACGCGGCUGGCCUCGGCGCUGGCCGCGGCGCUCCUUGGCCCCGGCGAGGAGGAGGGCGACGAGGCUGGCGACAGCGACCUCGAGCGGGGUGCGCUGGGCGAGAGCUUCCAGGGGGUCGGCAUCAAGCGGGACCUCUUCAGGCGCAGUUCACCAGCUGCGCACGGUGACCCCCUCGCGCCGUGCGUCACGCAGUUUUUGCGACACGGUCUUCUUCGACCCGCCGCGGACGCUCCCGCCCGCCGGUCCCUUCGGACGCUCGGGCUCGCCCUCGACGGGAUCCUCAAGGGCGACGUCGUCGAGACCGGCGACCUGCUGAUGCAGGAGUUCAAGGCCAGGACGAUGGCCAUCCGCGACGGGCACUGGCGGACGGCGAGGUGGCUCACGCUGGUGCCGCAGGAGCAGCUCCCGUCGGGAGCUACCAUCGACGAGGAGACGGCUGCCGAGAAGGUCGAGGCGAGGGAGCUCAAGGUCGCCGAGCUCCGCCGCAAGCUCCAGGACAGGCCCCCACCCCCGGGGACGCCAGUCGCGGGCUCUGCGGAGGCCCUGCGGAUAUUGGCAAGCCGAGUCCCAGCGGGCGGAGCCGCGGCCCCGCCUCAAGCUGCGGGCCGGCGCCGCGCUGCAGCAGCCCCAGCAGCGCCGGGCGGCGAGCGGACGGUCCACAUGGUUGCGGGGUCGGACACCGAGACGGAGGCGCCCCCACCGCCCGAGGAGGGCGGCGAGCCAGCCGCCCCUGGCGCCAGGAGCUGGAAGGAUCUGAAGGGAACCUUUCCGAGGCGCGAGGGCGAGACGCGCGCCCAGUGGAAGUCCCGCAUGCUGGUGGCGAGGCGCGGCCGCGCAGCCCCUGGGGCCAGGAGCGCAACCGCCCCGAAGGCCAAGUCGAAGCCCGUCGCCAAGGGCCAGCUGGUCAGGCGCUGGCGCCAGCUGCUCGCUUCCAGCUGCACAGGAGCGGCCACCAAGUUCGAGCUGGCCCUCAUCAUGCACGAGGCUGCCCACGGAGCGCCUGGGGACGUCGGGAGGUUCAUCAGGCGAAUGCGCGUUCCACCAGACCCCACGGAGAGCUUCACGCGCCUGCGCGAGGUGUUGCCGUUACCCGUUCCCGACGCCCCAGUCUUCAGUCAGCUCCGGGCAGCGCGCUGUGCUGGGCAGGAGCUGGCAGCCGACAAGGUCGACCAGGCCACCGCCGAGGCUUGGGUCCAGCUCGUUGUGUUUAGCCUUAACUACCAAUACACCGGGCACAUGCAGGCGCCGACGGUGCCGCCUGUCCAGAGCUCUGCCAGCCAGGUGAACGCCCUCGGGAUCAUCCGCCAGGCAUGCGACUACUUCGCUCGCGGGGCAGACACCACGGUCGACCUCCCCGCCUGGGAGGAGUUGAUCAGCUCGAAGGACGUCACCUACGGCGGCGAGGAGGUGGCACGGGCCCUGCCUCUUACCCUCGGCGGCGUCAUGCCCGGGCUGCCAGCGAAAGGCGUAGCCGCGUCGGUGAGGGCGAUAUACAUCGCAGACGCCCGGGUGGGCAGCUGGCUGGCCGAUCCAGGCUUGGCCCUGCUGCCGCGGGCAGAGUGGCCCGAGGAGGUGCCAAGAGCAUCGAUUCAGGUGAAGUCGAAGCAAGAGUGGCACGACAUCGGCGCGAAGCUGGUCGAGCUGGGCCUUGCGGCGCCGAUCGCGGAGGAGAGGGUCUUCAAGGUAGGGAACCGCAAAGUCCUUGCUGGCGCCUUCGGGGUUCAGAAGAACGGGACGCCUACGCCCGGGUGCCCGUGCGCGCAGAGGCUCAUCAUCAACAUGGUCCCGGCCAACAGCUACCAGCGCAUCAUGCGGGACGACGUUGGCACCCUCAGUGCGUCGCCGUCGUGGGUGGCCAUCCCGCUCCCCGAGGGCCACAUGCUGCUGUGGUCGUCCGACGACCAGGCCUCCGCCUUCUACUGCUACGAGCUCCCGGAGGCUUGGCAGCCCUACAUGACGCUCGCGGAUGCUAUCCCGAACGAGCGCAUCGGGGUCAGCGGGCCUGGGAAGACGCACAUCGCGCUGCGGGUCAUCCCGAUGGGCUGGGUCAACGCCGUCACGGUCUUCCAACACUGCCACCGCCGGCUCGGCUUCAGCAUGCGUCCCCUGGGCGCAGGGUUCGCCCCCGGCAUGGAGUGGCGCAAGGACCGCCCGCUGCCCUUCAAGUCGAAGGAGCUCGAGCAGAAGUGGGUUCAGCACUACAUCGACGACUGGGACCACGGCGAGAUCGUCCCGGAGCGGCUCAUUGCUGAGCUUCGUGGGACCGUGGGCGCGGUGCAGGAGGAGCAGCGCCAGGCCUACCGCCGCUCCGGGAUUCAGGUGGCCGAGGGCAAGGCCAAGCACAGGGCACUCAUUCUCGAGCGGAUGGGCGCCGGCCUUGACGGCCUCGAAGGCCGAGUCGGGGUCACCGUCGAGAAGCUGCACGCCCUGCUUGGGUUCACGCUCUGGGGGAUGGGCCAGAGCGCGAUGUCGUCGCAGGCCGUCCUCAUGAUCCUUGGCCGUUGCGUUAGGGCAGCUGAGUUCCGGCGGCCGUUCAUGGGCUACCUCAGCGCGGUGUGGGCAGCUGGGCGCUGGCAGCAGCCGCAGGCAGUUCCCCUCGACAUGUGCGACGAGCUGCUUAGCUUCAUGAUGGCCCUCCCACUCGCAUUCACCGACUUGCGAGCGCAGAUCGACCCGUGCGUCAUCGCGACGGAUGCGAGCGAGCGUGCUGGAGGGAUCUGCCACACGGUCGGGCUCACCGAGGCGGGAAUUGCGUGCGCGAUGGAAGGCGCCUCGGUCGUCUCGCUGCGGCCGGGGGCGAUAUCGUACCCUGUAGAAGGGGUGCGAUGGCGGCCGCGCGUCGUCAUCGUGGAGCUGUUCUGUGGGGCGGCGGCCGCAGCAGUUGCAGCCUCGCGCCUGCCCUUCACCAUCGUCGCCCACCUCAGCAGCGAGGUGGACCCAGCUGCCCGACGGCUGGUCCGCAGGCGCUGGGCUGGCGUCGUCGAGCUCGGGGACAUUGAGCGGAUCGAUGGCGAACGGUUCAGGCACAUGCUCGAGAAUUACAAGCGCGACGCCGACUGGGUCCUUAUCACUGCUGGCAGCCCGUGCCAGGACCUCGCAGGGCUCAAUGCUGUGGGCUCAGGGCUGGAGGGCGCGCGGUCUCGGCUAUUCCUGCGGGUGCCUGAACUCAUCGGCGUCGCGGAGGAGGUCUUCCCGCGGCGCGUGGUGUGGUUCGUCGAGAACGUCUUCAGCAUGACACUGGAGUCGCGGGCGCAGUUCACCAAGAUCUUGAAGGUCACGCCCGUGCUGCUGGACGCGAAGCACUUCACCCGGGUCAGCCGGCCGAGGCUCUACUGGUGCUCCUGGGCGGUCUGUUCUCACCUCCCGCCCGGCUGCCUGGCGGAGGUCAAGGGCACGGGGGACGAGGCGUGCACCCGUAUCGACGUGACCAUCGAGCGCCUCCCCUUCAAGGCUGUCCUCCACGAGGGUUGGUCGCUCCUGGACGGCAACACCGACCUCCCCUGCUUCGCGAGGCCGAUCAUCAGGAAGCACCCCCCGCUCAGGCCCGUCGGGAUCGAGCGCGCCACGGAACAGGCUCGGAGUCGCUGGGCGUCUGACGGGUACCGCUACCAGGUCAACAACUACGAGGACGGAGUGCUCAUCUGGGAUGCGGCGCGUGAGCGGGGCCGGCUGCCCGACCCAGAGGAGCGCGGUGCACUCAUGGGCUUCGACAGGUUAUAUUUUCAGGGCGCAGUAAAAGAUAGCGUUCCUGAGUCCGAGCGUGCAGUUGUCAUGGAGUCUCUCAUUGGCAAUACCUUCUGUGUGCAGGUUGUCGCUUUUAUCCUUGGCACCUGGUUGGCUCAAAUCAAGUCAGUCAAGGCGCCAGUCGCGGGCCAGCAAUGCCUUGAGAUCGGGGCGUGCGAGGCGAACUGGAACGUCGUCCCGGACUUCCAGCAGCCUGGGCUUCGCGAUUCAGUCCUCGAGCGGAGCCUCAUCGUCGAGCUCCUGCGCAUCGCCGACCGCGGGGGCUCCGACGUGCGCCUCGACUGCGGGGCUCUGUACCGCGCGCGUGCGUGGCCGCGGGCAGGGCUGCGCACCCAUCUGUGGGCCUGGCGGAUCGCCAAGGGCUUCCUGUGGCAGAGACCCGCCCACAUCUCCGCGCUGGAGCUGGAGUCAGCCGUCGCGGGGGCCAGGUGGCGCUGCCGGGCGGUGGCCAAUCACCGCUGCCGCUACCUCCACAUCCUGGAUGCCCAAGCGAUCGCGGCAGUCAGUACCAAAGGCCGCUCGAGUGCGCUUGCCCUGCAGCCGGCCCUCCGCAGGCUCAACGCGCUGCACCUCGCGACGGGCGGGUACCCGAUCUACGGCUACUGCGACACAGACGACAUGCCGGCGGAUACGCCGUCCCGCUGGCCCCUGCGGGAGGUCAUGAUCUCGCCCCUCUCGCUCCAGAGGUACACUGAUGCAGUCAACGAGGUCGUUGACUUCUGGGUGGAGGAGAGGCGUUCACCAUGCACGCCCGCGCAGGUUGACACAGAUCUUGCGGCCUUCAUCGAGAAGCGGUGGAGCGAGCACGGGCCCCUGUUUGACAUCAACAAUGCCAUCGCUGGAGUAUCACACUUUUUCCCUCCGGUGCGUGGGCAUCUUCGUGAAAGCUGGCGGCUGGCGCGGACGUGGCAGCGCCAAGAGCCAGCUGGCCGCGCCCUUCCAAUUGGGCCGCUGAUUGCGGCAGCCUUCGCGGGGGUAUUUGCCGCGACAGGCCACCUGGGCGCGGCUGCAGUUUUGGCCGCUGGGUACGACACGUACAUGCGGACUGGCGAGAUGGCCUCGCUCGUCUGGAACGACGUACAGCUGUGCCCAGCUCGGGCGUCAGCGGUGCUGCUGCUACGAGGCACAAAGAGCCAGCACCAGACGGGCGCCAAGGAGUUCGUCCUCGUGCGAAGCACAGUCGCCUAUGAGCUCUUGGCGAGGGCCAAGGCAGCGGCUGCUCCAGAGGAGGCGUGCUUUGGCAUGGAGCCCAGCGCGUUCCACCGCCUCUUCAGCCAGGUCAAGGAACUCCUGGGCUUCGGGAACGCCAAGCUGACGCUGUACAGCUGGAGGCGCGGCGGGGCCAGCGCGGACUUCAAGUCCCAUGGCUCCAUGGAACAGACCUUGCUCCGGGGCAGGUGGGCGUCGGUCCGCGCGGCAAGGCUGUGCGUCCAGGGCGCCGUGGCAGAGGCGACGCAGCUCAACCUGAGCGAGCUGCAGCUCGCGCGGUGCAGGCACUUGGCGGCCCGCCUCCGUGCCGCGGCGAGCU